AUGAAUCAACAUGUUGUAGAUGGUCAAACUGUAGUUUCAGCCGGAGGUAUCUUUGAGCUUGGUUUCUUCAGUCCUAAUGGAUCCCAAGGGCGAUAUGUCGGGAGUAGGUACAAAGGAUUACCAGUUGAAAAAGUUGCAUGGGUUGCAAACCGCGAAAGACCAUUAAUUGGAUCAUAUGGAGUACUUAUGAUCAAUGCAAGUGAUGGAAAUUUAUUCCUUGUGGAUGAUAAAAAUAUGUCAAUCUUGUCUACAGAAACUAGUUUGAUGUCCAAUAACACAGUUGCUGUACUGACUGAUCAGGGGAAUCUUGUUCUUCGCGAGUUGAAUAAAUCUGUACUGUUAUGGGAGAGCUUAAAUCAUCCAUCUGACGCACUCUUGGCUCAUAUGAAGAUAGGGCUGAAUACUAGAACAGGGGAGCAAAUUGUUGUCACGUCGUGGAAAGAUGAGAAAAAUCCAUCAUUGGGAAGGUUUAGCUCUGCUGUGGUGGAUCGUCAUGAACUUUUACAAGUACUUAUUUUGAAUGGCUCGUCGAAGCAUUUCAGAUCAGGGCAGUGGAACCGGAGAAGUUUCAUAGGAGUGCCUAGCAUGACUAAAGACCACCACAAUGGUUUUCAACUACUUACAGAUAAUAAUGGGGAGGAACUUUAUUUUUCUUAUGCUAUACUUAAUUACUCAGCUCCAACAUUGAUAUACUUUGAUUCCUACGGAGCAAUAAUUCAAAUAGAUUGGGAUGCAGAUGAGAAUAAAUGGUUAAGGGUACAGGUAGUACCUAAAGGUCAAUGUGACUUGUAUAACACAUGUGGUGGUUAUCUUGUGCUUACCAUUUUGGGUUUUAGGGUUUGGUCUCUGACGUGGCUGCUUCCCCGCCUUGAGAACGGUGGCGAAACGCGGCAGAGCCACCGUAGACAGCGAAUGAGACAUUUGGAUUGGAUUGAUUGA